AUGAAGGUAAUGAAUAUUAACAAGUAUGAAAUGUUCAAAAUAAGUGCCUUCAACAAGGAUCAUACAUGUCCUUUGAAGGACAAAGUAUAUUCCCAAAAACAACUAACAAGUAAUUUGAUUGGAGGAAUUAUCAAACCUAAGCUUGUAGAUCACAAACGAAAGCAUAGAGCUACGGAUAUAAAAAAUGAUGUGAAAUUAGAUCUCGAAAUUAAUAUUAAUUACAUGUGUGCUUGGAGGGCUAAAGAGAAGGCUUUGAUAUCUUUUAGGGGUACCUCUGCUGGAUCCUACAACAAACUGUCUGUUUAUUUGUAUAUGAUGUCUAUUACAUAUCCAGGAUCUCAUAUACAAUUGAAGAAAACAGUUAAUAAUCAGUUCUUGUACGUAUUUAUUGCACUGCGUACUUUUAUACAAGGAUUUGGUCAUUCCAGACUUGUAGCUGUUGUCGAUGAAAAUCACCUAAGAGGACCAUAUAAUAAAACUUUUGUUGCAGCAAAUACUACGGAUGGAGUAGAGGCAUAUAGGAAAAGGAGUAAUAUGUUUGUUGUGUCUAAUAGAAAUGAGAGCAUUAUAAAUGCUGUUGCGAGAGUGUAUACUGAUGUGUCACAUUAUGCUUGUUUGUGGCACUUGUGGAAUAAUGUUCAAAAGAAAUAUAAAAAUCGCAUGAAAAACUAA